UUUGCUCAGUUUUGUCCAUGUCUUCCCCGAGCAACGAAUUUUACGAGGCGGAGACGGGCGUCUUCUGGGACGUCGUGGAUUGCGAAAUUCCUAAUGGUCUCUCUCUUGACUUGGUUUGUCAGAAUAUCAAAUCAGCUCUCGCGGAUGCUGGUUAUCAUGGUAAAGUGUCAAUCCAUGCUUAUUGUGACACGGAAGAGAGCGAAGUGGCUUUGGCUUCAGCGUUUGAAUCCUCCGGCAUCAAGCUCGUACGCGCAGGAGAUACAAAUUCGAGACUUUUUAGGAUGUUCGAGGACCUUAGUCUCUUUGCGAUAGACCACGAACCAUCGAAUUUGAUGGUAAUCUCACAAGACAUCUCAUCUGAAUCGCUGUACGUGAAAGAUCUUCUCUCUGUGAAGAAGACGAAGAAUCACAAUCUUCUCUUAGCACAGAUUGAUAAGGUAAAAGGAGAGUUACUUAGCAGCAAUGUAAGUUCAAUAAGGUACUGGAAAGACUUAUCAAGUGGAGGAAGGCCUUGCGGGGCUUGUAGUACUAGCGAAUUUGCCAAGGCUGAGAUGGGCAUCUUCUGGGACAUUGUGGAUUGCGAAAUUUCUGAUGGUCUCUCUCUUGAUUUGGUUUCUGAGAAUAUCAAAUCAGCUCUUGCCGGUGAUGGUUAUCGUGGUAAAGUGCCAAUCCGUGCUUAUUGUGAGAUGAAAAAGAGCGAAGACAUAGUGCCGUCAGAGUUUGAAUCCUCUGGAAUCGAGCUCGUACGCGCAGGAAAUAGACGUGCAAGACGUAAUCAGAUGCUAGAGGACCUUCUUUUCUUUGCAAUAGACCAUAAACCACCAUCAAGUCUGAUGGUUAUCUCAAAAGACAUCUCAAAAGACUCCCUCUUCGUCCAACAUCUUCUCACCUUGAAACAACAGAAGAAUCGCAAUCUUCUCUUGGCGCAGAUUGAUAACGUAACUGGAGAUCUAUUUGCUAGUGUAAGUUCAAUAUGGUACUGGACUGACCUAGCAAAUGGAGGAGUGCCUGCCUUCCAAAGCAGGUGUUACCAAUAAGCGGGCGAGGAAGCUCACUACAGAGCCCUGAGGAUUGUUCAUU